CAGUGCGCACCAUGCUCCCCAUCGCCGCUUCAAGGCUUGCUUGCUUUCCACCGCCACGACGCAGCUCUGAGCCACCGUUUCUUCUCCCGCAUUCCUGGAAAAGUGAGUCUGGAAAUCUUCACGUACAAGUUGGAGCCCCGUGGCCCCACACUCAAUCACUUCGUCUUCAACCUCUCAGCGAAGAAUCAGCACCGACGAAGGGCGUGACCCUGAAUAAUACUCUGUGCACGUCAUUGGCGGACGGUCUUCGAAGGAAGCUGUGCACACGUACGCUGCGGUCGCAACUUGCGCGCUAUGAGCAGCAUGGCGGGUCUCACCACGAUCACGCUCCGUUCGACGCCCGUCAUGAAGACGCUCCCUGAGUCGAGUGGCGCUCUGAGAGAAUAAUCUAUGCGAGGAUGAGGCGCUAUCAAGACUGUGUCAAAGAUGGACGCGGCAUCCGUGGCUGAACUCCGACUGGUUUUCCAGAUAUUCGGGUCUUGAUGGGACAUCCCGCUCGCGACCAUCCUGCUAAAGGAGCUCGCCGAAUUCCUGGCUCUCCGAAACGAGCGCGCCCUUGCCUGCACCCCUUGCCUGGAGCUGCACGAGAUCUGCCAUCCCUCUUCUUCUUCACUUCCGUCAGGAGCACCCAAGCUUCGUACUCUGACCGUCCAGUGCUGCAUCGUCACGGACGAAUCGGAAUGUUCCCGAAUCGAACUAGAUCCGGAGUUCUUACAAGAUCUGAAUGCAUUGACUGUGCCACCCACAUUACUCACAUUUCUACCGCACAGUUCCUAUGAGUGUGUUGUCAUCAUCGGGCAAGGAAAUGCGCUUUGUUGACAGCAGGUUGCCGAUUAUCUUGAAUAUACAGUGACAGGCAAGUAAAUUCCUGACUUGGGGUGGGCACAAGGAUGCUCGAGUCUUCCCUUCUGCUACCAGUCCACAACCGUCUAUUCCUUUCUUAUCCCCUCUGGCCUGCAUUCGUUCUCCGACCUCGUCGCCUAUUGCAGGGUCCGGCGAUGCUCUUGUACCCCGCUCUACAUUUUGCAAUAUCUGUUCUACUUUUCGAUUUCGCUCGGGCCUAUAUCUACCCGACAUCUCCUAUGGCCAACUCGCAACUCGCACCGGGGAAGAACGUGGCGCUCAGAUGGAAGGAUAACGACAAGCACCCUUUCAUCUCUGAGAUGAACGCGGUCAGGAUCGAUCUGUGCACACCGAACGGGACCGUGCUGCACAAUCUCGUUCAGGGUGUGGAUCCGGCUGUCCUGCACAGAGUCGUACACAUUCCCAACACCCUGUCGUCUGGAACUUUCGGCGUGUCGACUGACGGCGGCUCGGCCACGCAGACCGCAGUCGAGGCCGUUCAGACCGUGGACGCAACGAACACGCAGACGCAGACUCAAAAGGCCGACGACGAGAUGACGCUUGUUCUCCCGGAUGCGACGGUCGUGCGCUCGCUCCUCGCGAAUCCGACCAUGGGUGCCUCUACGACAGUUGUGGCGGAUCCGCUGCCGCAGGUUGGAGGAUCAGCAGGGAGGGGCGAGCGCGAUAGGAAUAGGCGGGGUGAUGGGGAUAGCAGUGGUGGUGGUGGUUGGCUCGCUUGGCUUGGUGGUGUAGUCCUGCUGCUCUCCGCGCCAGAUCAGCAACGAGCACCGCAAUUCCAAGCAGAGGGUAACGCCGUAGCGCCCAAUCAACAAACACCACGACCAGAAACUAGACGCCGCAGCGCGAGACACAACGCAGACGAGGACACUGCCAAGCAGAAGGACACGGGAGUUUGUCUCGCGGAAGAAAUGUCUCACUCCCGAUUCUACAUUGGCGGGAGCGCGGAGAGUGCGGGACUUUGGUCGAGUCUCAGCACACAGUCGAUCAUGUCUAGUUCUCAGAAUGGAGACAAGGUAAUCCGAAUCAAAUCCACGAACUCACUUGUGCACCCCCUCUCCUUCCAUACGCUGCCCCAUGAGCUGAUUCACUAUGUCAUAGAGCACAAGCGGGCCGAAACGCGCCAGGGCGUACAAAUACGCGAGACAGUCGCGGGAAAACGCGUCCGUGCGCGUCGGGAUGGGAGGGAGCAAUGCCAGCACGAAUCCGACAAUCGGGACCACAUCAUCAUUGACAACAUCAAACUUCGACAUUACGGGUGUAAUCACGGCGCUCAGCUGCCUAGAGCUCCCUGCUCUCGCACCGCACAGUGGCAUCUCUACAACACUGCAAGCGGCCGCAUCAUCUGCGUCUUCGAAAUCAGACUGCGGCACGGUCAUGAGACCGUCCUACAACCCUUAAGUAAACCGGCUGAAAUCCCAGCUAGAGGAUGGUCCGCGUCAUUGAGCGCCGCCAAAACCAGCAUCCCCGCUUCGAGCGCUGCGCACAUCACAUCCACGAUCUCCGCGCCUGUGAGCACGAUAACCACUAAUGCCCCUCCCGUGGGAUCCAUUCCACGCGACUAUUCUCCCGCGGGUCUGGAGCGUCUCUGGGAUAUCGUCGGAUCUAUCGAGCCUCCUCCGUUCACUACAACGCGUGUUCCGACGAGCACCAAGAUCCAGUUGCCUGCGUCACCGCCGCCGCUCUACCCUUCCUUCUUUUCUCCGGCUCCCAAGGACAUUCUGCCACACCUAAAGUUUCCGCCUGGCUUCAAGUUCGGCAUCGACACUGCUGCGUUCCAGGUCGAAGGCGCCGCGAAAAGCGAAGGGAAGGGGCCCACGAUGUGGGAUUGGUGCGGUCACCUACCGGGGUGUAUACUUGACAACUCCACUGGUGACAUCGUUGAUUUGCAGUACUUCCUUUACAAAGAGGAUGUUGUUCGUAUCGCUGCGCUCGGAAUCACGGCCCACUCGUUCUCGAUCUCGUGGGCCCGCAUCUUUCCUUUUGGUGCAGCUGACUCCCCGCUGAACAAGCAAGGCUUGCAGCAUUACUCGGAUUUGAUCGACUAUCAUUGGGAGCAGGGCGUUGAGCCCGUGGCAACAUUAUUUCAUUGGGACGUUCCGUUGGCCCUUUUGGCCGACUACGGCGGUUUCUCUUCUCCGAAGAUUGUUGACGACUUUGUCCACUAUGCGAAGACUGUCUUCAAGGCUUACAAUGGACGGAUCAAGACCUGGUACACCUUCAAUGAACCUCGGGUUUUCUGUGCAUUCUUCAUUAAUCCGCCGUUCUCAUCUUUGCUUGCGCCGGGAGUCAAUGCGUCGAUGGCCCCUUACGUCUGCACAUAUAAUCUGAUGAAAGCCCAUACUGCUACUGUGAAAGCUUUCAGGGAAAUGGGGAUCAGUGGAGAGAUUGGAUUCAAGAGUGACGACUUCAUUGGUGUUCCAUGGCGAGCAAACUCGACAGAAGAUGCUCUUGCUGUCGAGCGUCACGCUGCGUUCCGGAUUGGGGCAUUUGCUGAUCCAGCUUACACGACCGGUGACUGGCCGAAAAUCCUCAAGGAUACCCUCCCGCCCAAUUAUCUGCCGCGCUUCACUCCCCAGGAGAUCAAAGACAAUCUCGGGACGGCCGACUUUUUUGCCACCGAUUGCUACCGUUCCCAGUACGUAGUGGCUCCGGCAGAAGGCAUCGACGCAUGUGUCGCAAACUCCUCGCAUCCUCUAUGGCCGGAGUGCCACGACGUGGUGCUUUUUGAUUCUUCGAAUGCAGGUUGGGCAGUGGGUGUCAGUGCCGAUCCAGGUUCGAGCUGGCUGCAGGCUACUCCAAAUACCCUGCGAGGACUAUUGAAGGGCUUGCAUACCCGAUGGCCUUCCAAGAAGCUGUAUGUAUCUGAGUUUGGAAUUUCGGAACCCUUUGAGUCGGCCUGGACUGAUCUGUUCCGCAUCACGGAAGAUGUAGCACGAACCAAUUAUUACAUGACCUAUCUCGGCGAAAUCAUGCUGUCUAUUCAUGAAGAUGGAGUGCCAAUCUCCGGUGCCUUUGCGUGGGCUAUGCUCGACAAUCUGGAAUGGAACGACGGUAUCCGCACCAAAUUCGGCAUUCAAUAUGUCAAUUACACUACUCUCGAAAGAGUCUACAAGAGAUCUGCCUUUGCUUUGGCGGAAUUCUUUGAUGCUCAUCUCCAAAAGUGAUCAUGUGCAUGCACAGGAGGAACAUGCUAGAUUUGUAUCUGUCCAGCUCUCAUUUUAUAUUCUCUCUGGCCAGUAUUUCCAAGUGUUUGAGUGUUCUUAGCCAAUUUUCAAAUAUACCUCUUUCCUUUGGAAGAA